AUUUUCAGCUAUUAAUCAAUUCGACUGGUCAAAAACAAAAAGCAAAUAAUGUCACCAUCAAACGAAAAGCCAAAAGUUUAUAUUAUUGGUGUUGGAAUGACCAAGUUCACAAAACCAGAAUCAGUACCAAAUUGGGAUUAUCCUGAUAUGGUAAAAGAAGCAGUAAAUAAAGCCUUAUCGGAUGCAAAGCUACAGUAUCGUGAUGUGGAACAAGCAGCGGCUAGUUAUCUAUACGGUGGUACUUGUUGCGGACAACGAGCACUUUAUGAAAUCGGAUUUACCGGAAUUCCUAUUUACAAUCUGAAUAAUGCAUGCGCAAGUGGUUCAACAGCUAUUUAUCUCUCAAAAUUGUAUAUUGAAGGAGGUCAUGCAGAUGUUGUGCUUGCAGUAGGUUUUGAGAAAAUGAAAAUUGGUUCAUUAGAAUCGAUGGAAAAUAUUGAUGGUCGAACACAUGCGCUCGAACGUCAUAUUGAUGUCAUUUCUAGCACUCGUGGCUUAGUACCUGUACCUUUAAUGGCGCAAAUGUUUGCUAAUGCUGGCCGAGAACAUAUGGACAAAUAUGGAACCAAAAGAGAACAUUUUGCUAAAAUAGCUCAAAAGAAUCACAAACAUUCCGUCAAUAAUCCGUAA